AUGAACUUCUGCCUCUCCACGGUAGACACGUAUUUGCAGCAGCAGCGAGGGGCCCCUGGCAGCGCUUCUGAUGAGAAGCCGACCUCAGAGGGCUCCUCCUCCGCCGCUCUUGGGGUGGCAGCUGGGCCCCCCUCUUCCCCCCCCUUGGCCUCCGCGGACGGCUGUUCGACCUCUGCAACGAGCUCGAACAGCCUGAAAUCCUUGCUGCAGCUCAUUGCUGGAGUCGCCGCAGCAGCGCAAAAGAUCCCCGUUGGCGACGACUACACCAUACAGACCGGCAGCAACAGCAACGCGCGUAGAGCCGCCGAAGCCGCAGCAGCAGAUACUCUGAGGGCGUUGAUCGACGUAUCCAGUGGCUGCGCGGGCGGAGCUCUUUCUUUGGCACCUCUCAGGAGAGCAGAGGCCCUCUACCGCGAUCUCGCUGAUCCAAGCGCCUCCAUCAGCUGCAGCAACAACUUGACCAGCACCAGCAACAGCACCAGCAACAGCGCCAGCAACAGCGGAUUCCUACAAAAGGACGGGCAACAGAUUCAUGAAGGCAUUGGCUCCGGAGUGCAAGCGUUGCUCGAUGAUCUGCUCGAGGCUGUGGAUGCCUCCUUAGAGGCACACCGGCAGAACCCUCAACAGAAGAUACGCAUGCGGCUCGCGCCCUCUGGGCAGCCCCCCUCUCAGCAGCAGGAGCAACAGGAUACUCUGCAACAGCAGAGGCGGCAAAAGCAGAAGCGCAUUACAUCAGGUACCAGCCCCUUGGUGCAGCAGCUAAAAGGCAGCGAUGGAAGUCGCGAAUCGUUGCUCACACAACUGGAGGGCCGACCCCAAAGCCAGUGGGCCUUCCUGAUCGACAACUACAGCAAACUAUUUGUUCCUCGAAUGCAGCAAAAGCCUCACGGAAGAUACCCUCUGUCUGAGGCGACUCUGACCGCGCAGAGGCGAAGGGCUCUGUGGAUCGAAAGACGGAAGGAUAUCAUGGAGGACGCGCUUGCCGCUGCCGCUGCCGAAUUUUCACCAGGCCGAACGCAGAAGGAGCAGCAGCAGCAGCUGCUGCUGCUGAAGCAGCGCGAUCAAGCGCUCCUUCGCCUGCAGCAGGAAGAAGAGGCUGAACGCGAAGCAGAGAGCACUGAACCGCUACCCCAUCCGUACGAAGGAGAAUUAAAGGACCUGGAGUGGCUGUUAGACAACGACCUGUUGCAGCAGGGUGUCUACGCAGACUUCUUCUCCAUGAAGGAACCCCCUGUCGCUCCCCCCACAGAGGAGACGCCCUUGGUGAUUGUGGAAACUCCGCGGCAACUCCGAGAAAUGCUCGACGAGCUUUGCAGCGGUCGGCACCGCGUUGUCGCUCUGGAUACCGAGCAUCACUCCUACGAGAGCUACAAAGGCUUCGUUUGCCUGUUGCAGCUCUCCACGUGCACCAGCGCGGGGGCCCCUAAGGACUUCCUCGUCGAUCCGUUUUCCCUCUUUUACGAGCUCACGCAGCUCAACAGACUCACAGCAGAUCCCAAAAUCCUAAAGGUCAUGCACGGUGCAACAAGCGACGUCCUCUGGCUUCAGAGAGACUUCUCCGUAUACUUCGUGAACGUCUUCGAUACAGCGGUGGCUGCUCGGACUCUCACUAUCCCCGGUGGGGCCUCCCUAGCAAAUCUCCUCAGCUUUUACCUCAAGAAGCGCAAAGACACCAAAAUGCAACUAGCGGACUGGAGAAUCAGGCCACUUAGCGACGAAAUGAAAAAUUACGGACGCUCCGACACGCACUACCUUCCAUAUCUUUACCAGUGCAUGCAGAAUCAGCUCCUAUCAAGGGAUGACGAGACAGGAAUUUACACUUUGCGGUGCACCACACCCCACGACCUAGGCACCCCCACGGCUUCUGGUCGGGCUGCGGUGCUGGGUGUGCUGCAACGGAGCCGCAACAUCUGCCUUUCUUUAUACACGGAGGGGCCAUUCGAUGCGGAGGCGGAGGCUGCCCAGAUGCUUAGGAGGAACAACACAGCCCUUGCUCCCCUCUCCGUCGCAGUUCUUAAGGGACUCCUCGCCUGGAGAGAUAGUGUCGCCAGAAAGAGAGAUGUCAGUCCCCACGCGGUCCUCCCCAACGCUUGCGUCUUGCUGCUUGCACAACGCAGGCCCCUGGAGCAUGUGCAUCUGCGUCACGCCAUCCGCCCCACACCGGCUGCGAUUCACCGCUACGGUCCUGAAAUUCUGAAGGCUAUUCAGUCGCAAGAGACUCUGCAGCCGAUAAAGCAGCAGCGAUCACAGGAAGAGGAUCAGGCGGGAGAAGACGACGCCGCUGAACUGCUACCGUCCGCCGAGGUGCUCAGAGGGGCUGCCGCUGACCAGGAAGGUCUGCUCGACGCUGAAACAGUGCCUGCUUCUGCGCCUUCCUUACAAGACACCCUAGUGGGGGAUAAGGACUCUCAGCGUUUUUUCAAGGGCUUGGAAGACGUCAGCAACGGCAGCAGCAACGAGAGCAACACCCCCGGAAGCUCCAGUGACAAGGCCUGCCAGCCGCAGCAGCUGCCUGUGCGCGUUGGAGGAUUCUUCUCCGGAGGGGCGGAGGCUCUCAAGUCUCCCGUGGUCAUUCGCAUUUCUUCAGCCGUACUGUCUCACCGAAUGCAAGACGUGGAGUUCAGGAAGCGAGUUUCCUGCUCUCCGUAUCUUGGUCUGCCUGCGACGUCUAUGGUAGCGUCGCUCUUCUGCGCGCUUACGGGCAUGCCCCACAAAUUUCGCUUGCCAUGGCUUUCGGGGCUUUUGGGUGUGUCUUCAGUCGCAGUAGGUGCUGCUGCAUCUCCCUCGUUCGCGGACGUAAGUCGAUUUGCCUCGGCAAACGCAACAGCAGCAGGAGGAGCAGCGAGGGCAGCACAGCUACGAGGCCGUCUCAGCUCAAAGUGCUCAGUCCUGUCGGUGUUACUUCUGUGGCUUUCUCAGGCGUACAUCCCCACCCGCAUGGCCCGGCAAGUGGCGCGUUGGGUGUACAGUCAACUGCAGCAAAUGGAGAGGGACCAACUGCUGCACUCUCGCAGCAAAAGAAGAAGAGAUGAGCUCCUGCAAGCUCCGGCGGAGCAGCCUCAGACGGGCAGAACCACUAGCUCCGAAUUCUUGCUGCUCCCCGCUUACCCCCCUCCUCCUCCUCCACCGGAAGCAGUACCAACAGCUGCUGCUGCUGCAGUCGCGUCAGGUCUGACCAGUGUCGAUGCCGCGACCACCUCAGUAGCAACAGCAGCAGGACCAGUAGACUCAGCAGUGCGGCCCACGAAUGGGGAGAAGGAGACACCAAACGACACCGAGGGAAAGUGUCCUCUAUCCGGAGGGCCAGAUUUGGCCUUAGGCCUUGUCACAAUAGCCCAGCAAAAAUGGAAGCGGCGUAAGAGGCAACGCACGCGCACAGCAACUGCUGCAGCGGCGCCAGCUGUACUAGCGCAAAACCCCACUCCUGGUUUCUAA